GAUAGUUGUUUUGAAAAGUCUCUAUUGUUGAAAGUGAAAGUGCCACAGUGUUUGGCUGUUUCAGUUUGAGAGGUUGCUGAUUGCUAUUCCCAGUCAAAAUGCAGGCAGCAGGAUUAGCAGUGCUUUACGUGGUGGUAGCCACGUAUGCAGCACAUGUUGCCGAGGCGCAGUUCCCUCGCGUCUGUACCACGGCGGAGCACCUGAGAAGGAAGGAGUGCUGCCCCGUACCUGACGGCUUCACCCUGCCAUGCGGCGGGCCUGGACGGGGCAGCUGCCAGGUUAUCCCAGACGGCACCAUGAAAGUUUAUGACCACAAGCCGAACUAUGCCCGAGACGACCGAAGCCAGUGGCCAAAAUUGUUCUUCAACCGAUCAUGCGUCUGCGAAUUCCCCUUCUCCGGUUAUGACUGCAGCAAGUGUGUCUGGGGGCGUUAUGGGUCUGUCUGUGAUGUCACCAAAACUCUUGUUCGCAAAAAUGUCACAGGUCUUUCGUCUGAAGAAAGGGCGAAGUACCAGACCUACCUGAACAGAGCGAAGACCGUCAUGAGUGACUACGUCGUGGCCACAGAGUUUUAUGACACCAUGGUCAACUCUGGUGGGAUCAACCCGAGCUUUGUCGAUGUUUCUGUGUAUGACCUCCUCGUGUGGAUGCACUACUACGCUUCAAGAGACACCAUUUUGCCCGAAGACAAUGACAUUUGCAAAAUCGAUGGUGACUGUGUUCUGGACAUGGCGCAUGAUGCCGUUGGCUUCCUGACCUGGCAUCGGGGCUUCCUACUCGAAAUGGAGCGGUCCAUCCAGGAGGUCAACGGCGACCCAGACUGGGCCAUACCGUACUGGGACUGGACCGCGUCGGAGCAGUGUGACAUCUGCACCAACGACUUUGUGGGAGCCAACGACGACAACGGAAAUCUGGACAGCGGCUCAGUUUUCUCUGGGUGGGAAGUUCUCUGCAAAGAUUCAGAAGAACAACACGGGAUACUAAAACCGUGUGACCCCAACCACCGACGGGACCCACCUUGGAAGGUGGCAAGAAAUCCAGGAAGACAGGAUACAGAGAAGUGGGGAGAAUCACUGGCCUGGCUACCUCGGAGGGAGGAGGUCGAUUUUGCACUACGUUUUGCGACGUUUGACAGGAACCCUUUCGACAAGACUUCUGACUGCGUCUUUCGUAACCUGGUGGAAGGCUACGCGGACACAACAACCGGCAAACAUCGCCCAGAUGCUACAGGACCGAAUGGAGAAAGGAUACCCGGGGCCCACACUCUCCACAACCAUGUACACAUCUACCUGACCGGCACCAUGACUGACGUGCCCACCUCCUCUAACGACCCCAUCUUCUGGCUUCAUCACGCCUCCAUUGACCGUAUCUUCGAGAAAUGGCUUCGAAAGUUCAAGCCUGCUGUUUCUGAGUACCCGCAAGAUGGCGCCCCACCAGGCCAUAACAGGGACGAGUACAUCGUGCCGCUGUUCCCGCCCUACACGCACGGAUCUGUCUUCAAGGCGUCAACUCAACUGGGCUACGACUUUGAAGGAGUAGACUCUGACGGUAAAUCUGACGGUGACGAAGAAGGCAACACUGACCUGGGAGAGUGUCAAAAUGUGCCGCCGGAACCAGUCAGCGUUGUGCCCGGCGGAGCAGGCGGCGAUGUUGCUAGCAUGGCCACCACGCCCUUGGCAACCAUCUUUGCCAUCGCCGGAGCAUUGAUCAUCAUGCUACUGACCAAGAACCUGAACACUUUGGCAGUUUGAGACAAAUGCUCGAACCGCCUUUGUGUUGUGCAUGAUGGGCACCUGAAUGAAACAUCUUCUGAUUAUCUUAGAUCAACUAUAUAACGUUAUAGUCUAGUAAUAUAGUCACAGACUUUCUAAUGCUCGAUAUUUUCUACAAAUUUCAUAGAAUCUCAUUAUUCUAGUAGGUACAUAGUGAUCACAAGCAGGAUGUUAAUAAGUUCAGGGCCUCUUCUGCUCCAUUAUUAUUCCUACAUGUGCAACUGAUGAAUAUUAGUCACAUCGUAGAAAAACUGCUCCAGUGCCUACGGCAAUCUCCAAGCAGAUCCCU